GCACAUUGCUGCUACAGGCAUCACAGAGAGAGAAGGCGCUGGUCACGGGACAGAGCACCAGGACCCACUCAAAGGAAGACACGGAGCCAACCUUUCCACUGCUGUCUGAGUCGGACAGCCGCCGCCGCCAUGUGCUGUACGGGGAAGUGUUCCCGGCUGGUGGGCCUCAUCCUGCUGCCCACGGCCUUCGCCUGCAUGAUCGCCAACGUGCUGCUCUUCUUCCCCAACGCCCAGCCGCUGGACAGCGGCAACAUCGGCCUGCAGGUCUGGCUCAUGGGGGGCCUCAUCGGAGGCGGUCUCUUCAUGCUGUGUCCCAGCUGCUCAGCUAUCAGAGCAGGGGGAAAAGGUUGCUGUGGAACCGGUUGUUGUGGAAACCGUUGCCGAAUGCUGAACUCCGUGUUCUCCUCGGCGUUCGGUCUGGUGGGCGCGAUCUACAGCACGAGCGUUUCGUCGGCCGCCCUGGCCAUCGGUCCAAAAUGUCAAGUUGCGUCCGGGGAGUGGAAUUACCCAUUCGAGAAUCUCGCCAAAAACGAGAGCUACCUGGUGAACGAGGAGCUGUGGACGGAGUGCCAGAAGCCGGAUAACAUCGUGCUGUGGCACAUCGUCCUGUUCUCCAUCAUACUGGGGCUCGGCCUCAUACAGAUGGUGCUGUGCGCCAUUCAGGUGCUCAACGGCUGCCUGGGGUGCCUGGGCGGGGACUGCCGCAGCAGCAAAGACAAGGAUGACGGGGGAUUGUAAGAGAGAGAGACGAAUUUAAGAUUUAAAAACAUAGGCCCCGUUAUUUCACCCUGCGCUCCUGUUCCUCUUCUCUGCUGCCAGUACUUCUGGAGGACCCUCCUGUUCACAGCUUGGGGGUUACGUAUAUAUCUUUUUUGUUUGGGGGGGGGGGGUAGGGGGGGGAUAUUUUUCUGUUUAUUAUUUCUUACACCGAAAAAAAAAAAAAUCUUUCUGCAGUAAUGUUAAAGCUCACAGGUAAAUGACUGAAACGUGUGUCUGUGUGGUGGAACUGCUCUUUUUCUAAUCAUUGUAGGACAUUUCCAGUCCGCUCUUUGCACUUGUCCGUUUAGCUAUUUUGUCCAGUCGAUUAAAUUGAAUUUCGCCUUAUUAUUAUUAUUAUUAUUAUUAUUAUUUUUACUUAUUCAGUAGCAAGUCCUAUCUUAAAGACAAUCACAGUCCUAUCGCACUUGCACACAGGGAACCAUUAUUACAGGGAAGGUCUCGUUUAGAUAAUAACAAGACCCACCGGACUUUGCUAUGUAUUUUGUAAUUUUUAUUGCUUUAUUUGUACGUUUUGGUCGCUGACUCGCUGUUGAUAGAGUGAUUGAUGCAAAUGUUGUAUCACAUAAUAAAAUGAUUGAUUUCA